AUGAUAAAUUUCAUUUUCUUUUAUUUUCAUUAUUUUGUUAUUCACAAACACAUUCACUUCUUAAACUCAUUGUUGAUAGAUGUUGUGACGUUUUUAUUGAUAUUCUUUACUCAUUCUUCUUUAAAUUCAAAAAAAAAACAGUUUAUACCAUUUGAAAUUGUUUUUCAUGUAUUAUUCACUGUUUUAGAUUUGUUAUUUAAUGUUAGCAGAACAGAUAUUACGGUUAAACUUCUAUAUAUUCACAUAGUCCUUUUUAUUGACAUUGUGUUGUUAAAAUCAUAUAUUUCAUUGAAACAAAUUUAUUAUUUAGUUGAAAUACCCCAUAUAAACGAAGAAAUAACUAAAACAGGAUUAAAAAUAACAUAG